AAUACGAGAAUCGAGUUUGGUUCCAGGGAAUCUGGGGUAAAGCAAAGUCGUUUAGCAGUUCUCCGAGAAACAGUUUUCUCCUCAAAUACGAUAAUCUCAGUCUCCACUCUGUAGAAGUGUGGAUUCGAAGCUGUUUCUCCUCAUGUCGGAUUCCAAGUCGAGUUCUGGUGACGGUGCUGGCGACACCCAGAAGCGGAAUCUUCCGUCAUGGAUGAGUUCAAGAGGAAGCAGCGGGAGUAAAUCAAGAAAGAAGCCGAAUGAAGCCUGUCAGAACGAAGAAAGCACUGGGUCUGUUAGAGCACAAAGCUGCAAAGGCGAACCCAAUAGGAAACCUUCCGCCCCCAGUUCGAAUAAGACAGACUUUUCCAAGCUUUUGGAAGGGGUAGUCUUUGUCUUGUCGGGGUUUGUUAAUCCAGAGCGGAGUACAUUGCGGUCGCAUGGUUUGGAAAUGGGGGCAGAAUACCGUGCUGACUGGGAUUCAAAUUGCACCCUCUUGGUUUGUGCUUUCCAAAAUACUCCAAAGUUUAGACAAGUUGAGGCAGACUGUGGAACUAUUGUCUCAAAGGAAUGGAUAUUGGAAUGUUAUUCUCAGAAGAAGCUUGUUGACAUUGAUCCUUACCUUAUGAAUGCUGGGAAACCUUGGCGUAAAAGCAGUAUUCCUCAUCAAACUAGCCAAGAUAAAAAAGAAUCACCCAGGAAAUCAAAUAAGCAAGUUGAGAAAGGAUCAAAACCGAAGCCAAACUCUGUCCUCUCCAAGGAUAAAGAAACUUCUCAUCCUGAUAAAGAGAGCUUUUCUUCUUCUCAAGUGAAGAAAUGGGCUAUCGACGAUUUUAAAAAAACCACCUCAUGGCUAGAGAGUCAAGAUGAAAAGCCAGAUCCAAGUGAGAUAAAACACAUUGCUGCUGAAGGGAUCUUAACUUGUUUGCAAGAUGCCAUAGAUGCUCUUGAGCAAAAGCAGGACAUUCAGCAAGUGACCAAGCAGUGGAACUUCAUCCCUCAUGUAGUUGAGGAGCUUUUGAAGUUAGAUGGCACUCGCGGUGCCUCACUCUCAAAGGAAGAUCUAUGCAAAAAGGCCAAGGCCUUUAAGCAGAUAUAUGAAGAUGAGCUGAGUAGGCUGGAUGACAAUUCUUCAUCCAGUAAGAGAAAGCGAAAAUUUGACAAAGGUGAGGGGGCAGCCGGAUAUGACAGUGACAAAACAAUCGAGAUGACAGAGGAGGAGAUAGACCGUGCUACUGAAAACACUCCUCCUGUAGUUUGGAUGAAGUAACAUUUUCUGUUUGGAAUACGAAAAAACCUGGUUAUGUAAAUGGCUUUGAGGGAUAUGCAAUUAUGCAUCUUAAAUUUAGAUACAAUGGAGGUUAUAAUGGAAAAUUACAUUUAAAUAAAACCACUAAUGUGCU